GAUCAGGUAAAUCGUAUCUCCAGUCUUUUUGAUGCCCACCUUGGUCUAUUAGCCGAUGCACGCGAACUGUACCGCGAGAGAGCAGCGUUAGAACGCGAUUAUGCAACAAAGUUGAAGCAGUUAGCGAAGAAAGCAAGCGAAAAGAAGAACAAGAAUGAACUAUUACUAGUCCUUGGAGACGACAAGCUUGCCUACACGGAAAGUGUGGUACAACAGAAGCAUGUCAUUUCUUCCCAGUUUUGGCCGGGCACUCAUAUUUUUGAUGGUAGCACCCUGAAUCAUGCAUAUUCUGAGAUCUUAUCAUCGAUGUCAAGCUCUGCUCAGGACCAUAUCAACCUAGCGGAGGCAUGGUCUCAAAUUACGGAAUCUCUGAAGGUUGUUGAGCGCCGCAAUGAUGAUUACAAGAAAAAGCAAAUGCAGUUCUUUUCCACGAUUCUUGCUGGACGCGAUAAGAUCUAUGCUGAACGCAUCAAGGCAAGCAAGCAAAAAUAUGACGCCGAUUGCGCCGAAGUUGAAAUUCAUCGUCAAAAGCAGGUAAGGAAGCUCUCUGGUCACGAUCGACACGCGGAGCGCUCAGCGAGACAAUAUGAUCUGCAGAGGCUCGACAUGCUCAAUAGCAAGAAUGUUUAUAUUAUUUCAACUGCAACCGCCAACAGUGUGAAGACGAAGUUUUAUACCGAGGACUUGCCAAGUCUUGAAGAUGUAAAAGAAUUACAGACUCGUCUAGUGAUGGAUUUCGUUGGUGUCAUGAGAGAGGCCCAGAAUAUCCAAUUAUCACACCAAAAUAUCUUGAAGGACCGUCUUACAGCCGUUAUCGCCGCUUUGAUUGAAGUCCAACCCGAUAAGGAUCAGGCGCUUUUCGCAGAAUACAACAUAUAUCCGUUCAGCCUACCCAACGACUGGGUAUUUGAACCAUGUUCAAACCACUACGAUACGGGAGAUAUUUGUAUUGAUUCAGGUCCCAAGGUGCUCUUACAAAAUAAGCUCGCGCGCUCGCGAGCUAAAUUGAGAGAACUGAACCCUGUGCUUGGAAAAAAACGGACUGACGCCGAGAAAUAUCAUGUCAUGCUUACAGCUUGCGCCACUGAUAACACACCUGGAGACAUGGAUGACGCCAUGAAUAGCUACCUUGACACUGCCCACGAGGUCACCGCCCUCUCGACCUCAGCAUGUGUCCUCAACUCGGAAAUCAACAUGAUCGCGGAAGUCUUGGGGGGCGACGAGGGAGGUUCGAGCCCACACGUUUUCAAGAGCUCGGCCUUUUCGAUACCUACAACAUGCGGAUACUGUAAGGUAUCGAUCUGGGGUCUAAGUAAGCAGGGGAAGACCUGUAAAAGUUGUGGCUUAUCUGUGCACUCUAAAUGCGAGUUAAAUGUACCUGCGGAGUGCAGUAAUGUUCACGGCAAUUACAAAGCCUCGGAAAUUCUGCAGUCUCCCUCUUCUGCCGUGUCUAUAUCGGAGAGUAGAUCAUCAGUAUCCACCAGCUCCAGAAAAACUCCAAUACCAUCAUCUUCUGUGCCACACAAUACAUUACUUCAUGUGGAAGAAACGCAUCGAUUGGCUCGUGCUAUCUUCGACUUCGCGGCGUCCUCAUCCUUCGAAUUGAAUGUGACAGAGGGUACUGUGGUGCGUGUGGUGGAGGAAGACGAUGGUUCCGGAUGGGUAAAGGUGGCCGACUCCGAUGGUGAGAAAGGGUUGGUCCCUGCGACCUAUUUGGAAGAUGCAGGCGGAUGGCCAUUGGAAAAAUCUGAACCCUCUCAACGAGAUUCUCAGCAAGCGUCAGGCAUAUACGUACGGGCUCUCUACGACUAUCGAGCUCAAGAACCAGGAGAGCUGACGAUAAAUGAGGGGGACCUUGUUGAGCUGUCCUCUGGAACAAACGGAGGUCAAAACUAUGCAGACGGUUGGUGGGAAGGGUUUUCCAGAGACGGGAAGAAGGGGAUAUUUCCCAGUAAUUAUGUACGUGGGCCUGGUUGUCAACACAGAACAUAA